GACAUGGCGUCAUUGCAGAGGGGUUUUAUGCUGCUUUGACAUUCGCCGUAGAAGCCACCCACAUCAAAACGCUUUUGCAAAGGCAUGGCUACGACGCAAAUAGUUGAGCAAGUCAUUUACAUAACAAUGAAUGAAAGUGCCGUUACAGAACUCUUACCACCUCUGGCGAACUUGUCAUCGAACACGACUUCUGCAGGGACGACGUACGAGGCAAAACUAGACGUCUGGGUGGUCGUGCUCGAGUUCAUCCUCGGCAUCAUCGGAAUCGUAGGAAACUCGCUCGUCUGCAUCAUCAUAUGGAGGGCAAAGUUCCUCCACAACUUCACCAACUACCUCAUUCUGAGUCUAGCCUUCGCUGAUCUCGUCGCUAGCCUGAGUUUAGUGUGUAACGUGUUCGUGCUCGAAGCACAACUAGGCAGGACACCAGCGAACGAUAUUGCCGCUGAGCUGUACUGCAGACUCUACUCCAGCCGUUUCUUGUUCUGGACCAGCGUCACAGCUUCGGUCUUUAAUCUUGUAUGCGUGACAUAUGAACGUUUUCUUGCCAUCGUGUACCCGUUACACUACCCAUUGUACUUUACUGAGAGAAAAGUUGGCAUGCUCAUAGCUGGAACGUGGAUAUUUGCUCUUCUACAAGAAGUAUUCGCCUUUUUCGUUAACUAUUACGACAGGAUCAGCCAAACAUGUGGCUACGGCUAUCCCACAGAAGCUGGACGUAUAUUCGUAGGCGUGCUUGUGUUUCUUCUCUCGUAUUUCUUACCGCUUGUUGUCAUGAUAUGGGCCUACUACAAGAUCAUGCACAAUUUGAAACGAGGCGCGCAACAUUCGUCUGCGGGAGGGGGUAUCAAUAACCGCGGUGACCCCGCCAUCUUGCGCGCGCGUCGCAAAGUAGUUUACGUACUCUUUACUGUAGUCAUCGCGUUUGUCGUGUUAUGGAGUCCAAAUCAGCUUGUAUAUCUCUUUGAAAACUUUGGUGUGAUAAUCGUCUCAACAGACCAUACCCUUUACAAAGUAUUUCGUCUCAUGGCGUUCUCAAACUCUGUCAUCAAUCCCAUCAUCUAUGCGUUUAAAUACAAGCAAUUUCGGAAGGGGUUUCGAGUGGCGAUUAUGUGUCUGUGCACGUCGAACCACAUCCAUGACGGGCAAGCUGCCACCACGGAACUGUCCAAUUCAUGACGUUUACAGACAUUGAAGUUUAGGAUAAAGAAAUGAGCUGCUAAGUACAAGAAGAUGGACAAUUCUAUCGGAGAAUGAAGGAAAUUCAUGGGAAUUUAUUACAUUUAUAUUUUUAUUGAAAGGUUAUUGUAGUUAUAGACAGCUGGGGUCGUU